GGGAUAUACCGCUUCGUUCGCCUUCUUCGAAGCGCUCUGGGAGGUACUUCACCCCCAGCCCAGACUACCAGUAUUCAACUGACGAGCGCAUUUCAGGCUGGCGUGCAAUAUGUCUUUGCCAACCUGGGCGCUGACCACCCGCCGAUUCUAGAGGCAAUGAUCACAGGCCACAAUCAACGUAAAGAUCAGUGGCCGACUGUGAUUACCUGUCCGAACGAGAUGGUCGCAUUGUCUAUGGCUGAUGGCUACGCACGUUCGACUGGUAAACCGCAAUGUGUCAUUGUCCACGUUGAUGUGGGAACACAAGGAUUGGCAGCUGCUGUCCACAACGCCUCGUGUGGCAGAGCACCUGUCCUGAUCUUUGCCGGUCUAUCUCCGUAUACACUCGAAGGGGAGGAGCGAGGAUCACGCACCGAGUAUAUCCAUUGGAUUCAAGAUGUGCCCGAUCAAAAACAGAUUAUCUCGCAGUAUUGCCGAUACACGGGUGAAAUCAAGACCGGCAAAAAUGUAAAGCAGAUCGUCAAUCGCGCUUUGCAGUGGGCGAUGAGCGAUCCCAAAGGCCCUGUCUACUUAAUGGGAGCCAGAGAGGUCAUGGAGCAAGAGAUUGAGCCCUACACGCUUGAUCAACGACAAUGGGUUCCCGUCACGGGGGCUGCCUUGCCGGCUAAUGCGGUCGAGAUGAUCGCAAACGAGCUCGUCGAUGCAAAGGAGCCUCUCGCGAUUGUUGGAUACAAUGGCCGCAACGCCCAGUCCGUAAAGGAGCUGGUUACGCUCGCUGAUACUGUCAAGGGUCUCCGGGUGCUUGACACGGCAGGCUCAGAAAUGAGCUUCCCUGCAGACCAUCCUAGCUGGUUGGGUAUGCGGUUUGGCAACCACGAGGCUAUCAAAACCGCCGAUUUCAUCCUCAUCGUGGAUUGUGAUGUACCAUGGGUCCCAACCGUAUGCAAGCCGAAAGACUCGGCCAAGGUCGUCCACCUAGAUGUCGACCCACUGAAACAACAGAUUCCGAUGUUUUAUCUGCCGUCCAUUGCCACCUAUAAGGUCGACUCUACCACAGCUUUUAAACAGAUCCACGAAUACAUUGCAUCGAAUGCGGCCCUGAUUCAGACUUUGAGCAGCGAUGAAAUUAGUGCCCGUCAGAAGCACGUCGAGGAAGAGUACCGACGCAAUCUCAAGGCUAUUGCAGAUUCAGCCGCUGUCCCUAGUGGAGGAGACGAUGCCUAUUUGAAUUCACACUAUCUCAUUUCCGAGCUCCGCAAAGCGGCGCCACAGGACGCUAUCUGGGCCAUUGAAGCCGUUACCCAGACUUUACCCGUAGCUGAUCAGCUGCAAUGUAGUAUCCAUAACUCCUGGAUCAACUGCGGUGGCGGUGGUUUGGGCUGGUCAGGAGGUGGUGCGCUUGGGAUCAAACUAGCCUCGGACGACCAACACGGAGGCAAGAACAAGGGUAAAUUUGUCUGUCAGAUUGUCGGCGAUGGCACAUACCUGUUCAGUAUUCCCGGAUCGGUAUAUUGGAUUGCUAGACGGUACCAAAUCCCCAUUCUAACAAUCGUUUUGAACAACAAGGGCUGGAAUGCUCCUCGACGCAGCUUGCUUCUUGUGCACCCGGACGGUGAGGGUUCGAAGGCUACAAAUGAAGACUUGAAUCUCUCCUUUGAUCCCUCGCCUGACUAUCCUGGAAUCGCAAAAGCGGCUGCCGGAGGUGAGUUAUGGGCUGGCCGUGCUAGCACCGUCAAGGAGCUUUCCGAACAACUACCCAAGGCUAUUCAGAGCGUCUUGUCAGGGAAAUCGGCCGUGUUGGAGGCCCAGCUGGAUGGGACAGACGGCAAAUAUGUUGAGCGCAAGUGA